CCUCCACUGAGCCCAGGAGCCCCAGAGAGCCCCGCAUCUCUCCCCUGUUCCUGUUGCUUCCAAGCCCCAGCCAAUCCAAUGCACCCGGAAAAUAAACUGACCAAUCAUGGCAAGACGGGGAACAGCGGGGGCCAAUCCCAGCACCAGAAUGUGAGCCAAGGACCCACCUGCAACCUGGGGUCAAAGGGCGUGGGGGCCGGGAGUCAUGGCGGGAAGGCCAGUCAGAUCUCUCCAGGGAACUCGAGCUUGAAGAACCCGCCCAACGCCGUGGCUGCCUUUGCCUCCCUCAAGGGGAAGGGGAAGAGGGAGCGGAGUGUGUCAGUGGACCCCGGGGAGCAGAGGGAGGCCGGGACUCCAUCCCUGGACCCCGAGGUCAAAGGCGAGGUGGCCCCUCGGAGUAAGCGGCGCUGCGUGCUGGAGCGGAAGCAGCCGUACAGCGGGGAUGAGUGGUGUUCCGGGCCCGACAGCGAAGACGACGACAAGCCGGUCGGCGCUGCCCACAACUGUAAUGUAGCCGACCCGGCCAUGGCCGCCGCGCAGCUGGGGCCGGGGGCCGCCCCACCGCCUCCCCUCAACGAGAGCGGCACCCCUGGCGCUCCCCACGGGGCCCCCCCAAGCCUGCGGCCCGAAGCCCCCGCGGCCGGGGGGGGCCCCGGGAAACCCCCCGCCCAGUUCGUCUACGUCUUCACCACUCAUCUCGCCAACACGGCUGCCGAGGCGGUGCUGCAAGGCCGGGCCGACUCCAUCCUGACCUACCACCAGCAGAAUGUGCCCCGUGCCAAGCUCGAUCAGGCCCCGAAGGUCCCGCCGGCCCCGGAGUCGCUGCCCCUCGGCCCGCCGUCCGCCGGCGCCCCGCAGGCCCAGCCGCCCGCGCCCCCGGGCGGGCCGCCCCCGGCCCUGCCCGCCCCCGGCCCCCGCCCGCGGAAGGACCCGCCCGAGGACGCCCGCCGGGACCUGACGCCCAACCCGUCCGGCGCGGCCGGCGGCACCCACCCCAGCACCCCCACGGCCGUCCCGCCGGGAGAGCCCCCCGGCCCGCCGGGCCCCGCGCUGCUGGCGGAGGGGGCCGCCGCGGGCAACGGGCCCCCCGGCCUGGGGCCCCGGGGCCCCCUGAACGCGGAGGGGCUCUCCAAGGAGCAGCUGGAGCACCGGGAGCGGUCCCUGCAGACCCUGCGGGACAUCGAGCGACUGCUGCUGCGCAGCGGCGAGGCCGAGCCCUUCCUCAAGGGCCCCCCGGGAGGGGACGGGGGGACCCCGGCCCAGCCCCAGCCGACGCCGCCCCCGCAGCCGCCCCCUCAGCCGCCGCCCGGGCCGCCGCCACCGGCCCUGAAGAAGUACGAGGAGCCGCUGCAGUCCAUGAUCUCGCAGACGCAGAGCCUGGGCGGGGGGCCCGGGCUGGAGGCGGACGGGCCUCCCCCGGCCCCGCACCCCCAUCCCCCUCACGCCCACCCCCACCCGCCGCCGCCGCCGCCGCCGCCCUCGGCCGGGGACGUGGGGCAGCAGAUGAACAUGAUGAUCCAGCGGCUGAGCCAGGACAGCCUGACGCCCGAGCAGGUGGCCUGGCGCAAACUGCAGGAGGAAUACUACGAGGAGAAGCGGCGCAAAGAGGAGCAGCUGAGCCUGCACGGGCGGGCCGGCCAGGAGAUGCUGCUGCCCCAGGCCCUGGGCGGCGGGCUGAUGCUGCGGGGCCCCCCGCCCCCCUACCACAGCAAGCCGGGCGACCAGUGGGGCCCGGGCCUGGGCGGCCAGCUGCGCGGGCCCCUGGACCUGCCGGACGCCCUCCAGCUGCGGGGCAGCCACCCCUUCCCCGGGCCCCGCUUCCCGGGUGGCCAGAUGCAGCGAGUGCCGGCCUUCGGCGGCAUGCAGGGCGUGCCCCUGGAGGUGCCCGUGAACGCCGUGGCGCGGCCGGCCCGGCCGGGCCUGGGCUGGACCGAGGAGCUGCCCCCCAUGGCGGCGGGGCCCGGGGGCUUCCCCCAGGGGGCCGUGGCCUACCCCCCGGGCGGGCAGGGGGAGGCGGAGCGCUUCCUGACCCCGCGGGCCCGGGAGGAGCUGCUGCGCCACCAGCUGCUGGAGAAGCGGCCGGGGCCCGGCCAGCGGCCGCUGGGCCUGGAGAUGGAGCGCGUCAUGCAGGCCCACCGCCAGCUGGAGCCGGCCAUGUUCGCCGGGCCCAUGGCCGGCGGGGACGGGCUGGCCGCCAACCCCCUGGGGCUGGAGUUCGGGGCCGGGCGGGGCCUGCUGAGUCCCAGCCUGGGCCAGUCGGGCCUGCGGGAGGUGGAGGCGGCCAUGGGCCCCGGCAACCUCAACAUGAACAUGAACGUGAACAUGAACAUGAACAUGAACCUGAACGUGCAGAUGACGCCACAGCAGCAGCAGCAGCUGCUCCUGGCCCAGAAGCUGCGGGGGCCCCAGGACGUGGGGCUGGGCCCGGAGGAGCUGGGCCGGGGCCGGGCCCCCAACGGCGGCGGGGGCGGCGGCGGGGGCGGCGGCGGGGGCGGCGGGGGGCUGGGGGGGCCCGCCCAGAAGGUGCUGCUCCCCGCCGCCCCCUUCUCCGGCCAGGCCCAGCCCGGCUUCCCCGCCGGGCCGGGCCCCUACCAGGACCUGGGCCACCCCUCGGAUCUCUUUGGGCCCGAGCAGGGCUCCCUGCCCGUGGGCGGGCUGGGCACCACCCGCCUCAGCCACCUGCCCCUGCCCCCCGCGGCCCCCAACCCGCCGGCCCCCCUGCACCCGACCCGGGGCCUGGGCCGCCGGCCCUCCGACCUCUCCAUCAGUAUUAACCAGAUGAACUCGCCGGGCUUGGGGCACCUCAAGUCGCCCCCGGUCAGCCAGGUCCACUCGCCCCUGGUCACCUCGCCCUCCGCCAACCUCAAGUCGCCCCAGACGCCCUCGCAGAUGGUGGGCCUGCCGCCCGCCAACCCUCCGGGCCCCCUCAAGUCGCCCCAAGUGCUCGGCUCCUCCCUCAGCGUCCGCUCGCCCACCGGCUCCCCCGGCCGGCUCAAGUCGCCGGCCAUGGCCGUGCCCUCGCCCGGCUGGGUGCCCUCGCCCAAGGCGGCCAUGCCCAGCCCCGGGGUCGCCCAGGGCAAGCCGCCGCCGGGCGGCCUGAACGCCUCCAACGCGCUGGGCGGCCUGGAGCCAGGCGCCCUCCCUCCCGGCGGCCCCCAGAGCGGCUCGGCGGGGCCCCCGCCCAACCCUCCCGCCGGCCUCCUGAACCCCAGCCUGCCCUUCGCCUCCUCCCCGGACCCCGCCCCCUCGCAGAACCCGCUGUCUCUCAUGAUGUCCCAGAUGUCCAAGUACGCCAUGCCCAGCUCCACCCCGCUCUACCACAACGCCAUCAAGACCAUCGCCACCUCCGACGACGAGCUGCUGCCCGACCGCCCCAUGCUCCCGCCCGGAUCCGUGCCAGGACUCGGGGGCGGCCAGCCCAGCCAACUGCACCUGACCUCAGCCGCCGCCCAGAGCCCGAUGGGCAUGGCUCUGCCCGGCCAGCAGCCCCUGUCCCACGAGCCCCCGCCCGCCAUGCUGCCGUCGCCCAACCCGCUGGGCGCCAACAUUCCUCUGCACCCCAACGCGCAGGGCCCCGGCGGGCCGCCCCCGGGCCCCAUGAUGCUGCCGCCCGGCGCCCAGGACCCCCUGAACCCGGCCUGCGGACCCAUGCCCAACGCCUCGCCCAUGAUGCCCUCGGGCCCGCUGGUAUUCCCCCCGCGCCUGCAGCAGCCGCCCCCGCACGGCGCCCUGCCCUCGCCGGCCAUGCCCCCGGGUGCGGGGCCGGGCCUGCAGCCGCCGCCGCCUCCGCCGCCGCCCCAGCAGCAGCACUACCCGCCGGGCCUGCCCCUGCCCCUGCCCCCCGAGGACCUGCCGGGCCCGCCGCCGGGGCCCCUGCCCCCCCAGCAGCACCUGAUGGGGAAGGGGCUGGCGGGCCGCCUCGGGGAGCCGCCCUACCCGGGCGUGCUGCCCGGCGUGGCCUCGGUGCUCAACGACCCGGAGCUGGGGGAGGUGAUCCGGCCCACCCCGACGGGCAUCCCCGAGUUCGACCUGUCCCGCAUCAUCCCCUCCGAGAAGCCGAGCAGCACGCUCCAGUACUUCCCCAAGAGCGAGGGGAUGGGCCCCAAGCCCCAGGCCGCCAACCUGCACCUCCUCAACCUGCAGAACAUGAUGGCCGAGCAGGCCUCCGCCCGGCCGCCCCCGGGCCAGCAGGGCGUCCAGCGGGGCCUCGGCCUGCCCCUGUGCCACCCGGGACAGAUGCCCAUGCUGGGCAGGACGGGGGGCCCCCCUCAGCAGGCCCUGCUGCACCAGGGGGUCCUGUCGCCACCCCAGGGGCUGAUGGCGCAGCAGAAUUUCAUGCUGAUGAAGCAGCGGGGAGUGGGCGGCGGGGAGGUGUACCCCCAGCCCGGGCCCAUGCUCUCCCCGCAGGGUCCCCUCCUGGGCCCGCCCCCGCAGCAGAACCUCAUGGUCAGCCACCCCCUGCGCCAGCGGAGCGUCUCCCUGGACGGCCAGAUGGGUUAUCUGCCCGGCCCGGGCAACAUGGCCAACCUGCCUUUUUAGCCGGGGGGC